GCUCCAUGUGUUGAAGGACCACUGCCAACGCCACAAUUGCUCGCGUCAGUUCACAUCUACUCUUCAGUCUCAGCUCUCAUCUCAUCACGCACGGGCCAGCCAGAGAGGCUCCACCCACCAGAGAAUGAAAGACAGAAAAGCAUAUAUCGCGCACACACGAGAAUGCAGCGGACGAGAAGAGGCACAUGAGAUGGGGCGGUCGGACAGACAGGCAACCCCUCACACCUCGUCACCACACGCAGCACAGCCAGGUUGGCAGGCAGACAGCCGGCCACCGCGGGGGCAGGUGGGGGAGAAACAAGGGCUCAUUCCACCACCUAGCACCUCCAACACCGCAGGGCCACACUCUCUCUCCCCCAGGCCGUCACUGAUGUACACGCCGAACACAUAGGGGUCCUUGCGGAUGAUCAACACCAGGCGCUGGUUGUCGCCCACACAAUCGAGGAGAUCGCCGUACUUGGAGCCGUGCACAGUUGACCUGUCGAAUCAGACAAACACCAACAUGCUUUGGAUGGCACCAUAGAUGUGUGUGUGUCGCUCGCCAUGCCAACGUACCGGCAAAGUGUCUGUCGCUGUGUGCCGUCCCCUUCUAUGAGGUGCCGCAGGCCGAUCCGCUAGUGCGAGGAAGCACCGGGCGAAUGCUGUGUUGGCCGUAGUAGCGGCUGCCUCAAUUCUGAAUGCCGAUAAGGUCUGCUGAAUAAGCUGCGGCCGCCGCUGAGGGCCGAGAGCUCUCGCCGCGAAGGGAUCAUCGCUUUUGUGUUGCGCUGCAGCCGCUGUCCUCCCAGCUGCUGUCGUGGCUGCCCCACCGUCUCUGCUAGCACAACAACAUGACAGCCAUAUGCAGCCACAAAGGGCAGAUGAACCACUCGCCUCGGUGGCUGCCUGCCUCACCUAUGGGCUGCACCAACGGCGCCUCGACCAUGAUGAUGAUGUCUUCGCCAGCAUCGAUCAGAUCUUGAAAAACUUCUCUGACAGGCAGAAAGGCACACAACAAGGCGUCCACACACAUACAGACACGAACGCGACGAACACACACACACACACGGUUUGUGUCCACCUACCUGACGGGCUUAAGUCGGUCGUCCUCCAGGCUGUCGUCUUUGCACUUGAGCUCCCCUCCCGUGACAGACGACCCCUUUCUCUCGUAUAUUGGCUGAAUGCGACCGGCGACCUCUCUCAGGAGGCCACCCAGCGUCGUAUCAUCAGACAGCUUGAAGUCCUCUGUCGCCACUCUAGAGCCGGUUUCUUGGUAGACAACUUUGACCAGAACGGCAAGCUUGUCCGGCAGAGGGUCUUCAUCUCUCGCUUCGGCAACUGAAGGCUCAGUCGAAGGCUUACCGCCCGCCAUCGCCGGGAAUGAAUCAAACAUGCCUGCAGCGACACACACACACACACACAGACAAAGUGAACGGAUGAGUCUCCAGAUGGAAACGACGAUAAGUGCAUGAGAAAGUGCCUCCCUUCCCAUCUCUGUAUGUCAGCUCACAAGUCGGUCAGCCGGUCAGUGCUCACGUGUUGAUCUGGCUCACUGCCCCAGACACUGACAGGGCUGGCACAUCCAUUAUCGGCAGUGAUCAUGGCGUGUGGCGGAGUGAGUAUGCAAGUGUGUUCUUCAUCGUCGUCUGUUUGCUGAUGGCUUCAUU